CUCGCGAAUCUUUAUCGUACGGCCUUGACCCGUUGGAAGCGUGUCUACUAGACUUGUUCGUACAUAUACGUGCAGCAGAUCGAAAUCAAUAUGUUUGUGUGGCAUUUUAUACUUGCUUUGCUCUCCAUUCAGGUCGGGCUUGAGAACGCUGGAAUCAUUACAUUGACUUCGGAAGAGUUUGGUCACACUAAUGACGACGGUCCGAAACCAUGUAAUAGUGUGAAUGACUGCAAACUGGACGAGUGCUGUAUAAGUAAUGACCGACCAAUCGGCAAGCGCCUUUCUGAUAGCGUAGACGCCCAUGGCACAUGCGGUCCUAUGGGAGUUAUGAAUGCAACUUGCUACGUUCGUUAUCCGUCGGGCCGACCAACACAGAUCGUGUAUGUGGCGUGUCCUUGUGAGAAAGACCUCGUGUGUCACGGAAUAGGCGUCAUUGAUGUCCCAUUGGGUGAAGUUGGCCAGUGUGAGCUGAAAUAAUACACAAGAUGAAGGUCAUUCUCGCGAUCUUCUUAAAUUCGUCAUGAACUUGGCACUUCUGAAUGGUGUUUAACUAUGCUAUUAUACAUCAUUAAAGCAAUCUGAAAUGAUA